UAAAAAUCGCCUAAGAAUCGUAAUGAAAAGUCACCAAUUUUACCAAUAAUGCAAUUACAAAUAAAUCACGUAAUCUUAAAGUUACUUACUCAAAGUUAAAGAUAGAAGCUGUGCAUUGUAAUCUUGUUAAAAUCAUAAUGUUUUCCUGCAAAGUAAGAGUUUGAAGUGCAAUGCCAACACCAGCGGUGGGCAUAGACCUUGGCACCACCUACUCCUGCGUGGCAGUUUUCCAGCAUGGCAAAGUGGAGAUUAUCACCAAUGACCAGGGCAACAGGAUCACACCGUCAUAUGUCGCCUUUACUGAUACUGAACGAUUAAUCGGUGAAUCGGCUAUUAAUCAGAUAGCUAUGAAUCCGAAAAAUACAGUUUUUGAUGCAAAACGAAUGAUUGGAAGAAAAUUUAAUGAUCCAAAGAUUCAACAAGACAUUAAACAUUGGCCAUUCGAAGUUAUUUCUGAUAAUGGCAAGCCGGCUAUUGUGGUUCAAUACAAGAAAGAACGAAAAAAGUUUACACCUGAAGAAAUUUCCUCUAUGGUUCUAAGCAAAAUGAAACAAACAGCUGAGAUGUAUCUCGGAGGUACUGUGACUGACGCGGUUAUAACUGUACCAGCGUAUUUUAACGACUCUCAACGCCAAGCAACUAAAGACGCUGGGGCGAUUGCCGGGUUAAACGUUCUUAGAAUUAUCAAUGAACCAACAGCAGCCGCUCUCGCUUAUGGUUUAGACAAAGAUUUAAAAGGAGAGAAGAAUGUUCUAAUUUUCGACCUCGGAGGUGGCACUUUUGACGUUUCAAUACUUCAGAUAUCAGAAGGAUCGUUGUUUGAAGUUAAAUCAACCGCAGGUGACACUCACCUUGGUGGCGAGGAUUUCGACAGCCGAAUGGUAGACCAUUUCAGUCAAGAGUUCGAACGAAAAUUUAAGAAAAAUAUUACCAGCAAUCCGAAAGCUCUCAGAAGGCUAAGAACUGCGUGCGAAAGAGCUAAACGAACACUUUCUUCUAAUACAGAAGCUAGCAUAGAAAUAGACGCUCUGCAUGAAGGGAUAGAUUUCUAUUCCAAGAUCACUAGAGCUCGGUUUGAGGAACUGUGUUCGGAUUUAUUUCGACAAACAUUAGUGCCACUUGAGAAUGCAUUGAAAGAUGCUAAGAUGAAUACAAGAGAAAUAGACGACGUAAUAUUGGUUGGAGGAUCUACUAGAGUUCCAAAAAUCCAAAGGCUUUUACAGGAAUUUUUUGGAGGAAAAACCCUCAACCUAUCUAUUAACCCUGAUGAGGCGAUUGCUUACGGCGCGGCGGUACAAGCUGCUAUUAUUUCCGGAUCCCAAGAAGUUCGCCUUCAAGAUGUGCUCUUAGUUGAUGUGGCUCCAUUGUCUCUAGGCAUUGAAACUGCCGGCGGUGUUAUGACAAAGUUAAUCGAACGAAACACUAGAAUACCUAUAGCACAGAAUAAAAUUUUCACAACUUAUUCUGACAAUCAGCCGGCUGUUACCAUUCAAAUUUACGAAGGAGAAAGAGCACUAACAAGAGACAACAAUUUGUUGGGGACAUUUAAUCUUACUGGCAUUCCGCCAGCACCAAGAGGAAUACCUCAAAUUGAAGUGUCAUUUGAUAUAGACGCAAACGGCAUAUUAAACGUGACCGCCGAAGACAGAAGCACUGGUCAUUCCGAACGUAUAACCAUAUCUAAUGACAAGGGUCGUCUGAGUAAGAAGGAAAUAGAAAAGAUGCUACACGAUGCCGAGGUGUACAAGGCUGAAGACGAAGCUGUAAGAAAGACGGUAGAAAUGAGGAAUCAACUGGAGGGAUAUAUUUUUGGGUGUAAAACGGCAGCAGAAAAUUCAGGCGGGAGACUUACAAACAGUGAACGCACAGCAGUGGUGACAGAAUGCAACAACCAAUUGCAUUGGCUCGAGAGCAAUCCAAACGCGCCUAUAUCACAAUUGGAGGAACAUUUAAAGGCACUGCAGGCUGUCUGCCAGCCAGCUAUGAUGAAGUUGCACGGAGCCGGCGCAGGCGCAGGUGGAGGUGUCUCGGGACCCGGGGUAAGGCCGAGCACGCCCGGACGCAGCGGACCCACUAUUGAGGAACUUGAUUGAUGAACUCAACGGCUAAGGAA